GGCUGCUGCGGAGGGUCCUGCGCUGUAUUGCCCUGUACCGCGUUCUGCUACGCUCUACCACACCGUACUGUGCUGUACGGACGGACCGAGGAUCCGAGGAUCUAUGGCGGCGGCGUGACGGCGCGCGCCGCGCUCAAGGGAGUCCGCUGCUAUUGGCUGAGGAGACGCGGGGGACCCACCUCGCGCUCACACUGCGAUUCACCUCCAAAAGCAUAUUUUCAUCUACAGGCGACGCUCCAGCACGAAGGGAUCGGCUCGCGCGCUGCUGUAAAGGAGCCACCAUGGAUGUGCUCAUGAAGGGACUGUCCAAGGCCAAGGAGGGCAUGGCGGCCGCGGCCGAGAAGACCAAGGAAGGGGUGGCCGUGGCGGCAGAGAAAACCAAGGAAGGGGUCAUGUAUGUGGGAAGCAAGACUAAAGACAGUGUUGCAACUGUGGCCGAGAAAACAAAGGAGCAAGCCUCACAGCUGGGCGGUGCUGUCAUCUCCGGAGCCGGAAACAUAGCAGCAGCCACUGGCCUCGUGAAGAAAGACGAAUUUCCAGCUGACAUGAAGCCGGAGGAGCUGGGCCAGGAGGCAAUGGAAGAGGCCAUGGGAGAAUCGCUUCUGGAGCCUGAGGGCGAGACAUAUGAUGAUGCCCCACAACAGGAGCAGUACCAGGACUAUGAACCAGAAGCAUAAGCUCCCUGUCACAGGUUUUUGUUGACCAGCAGCACAAUAAAGAUUCUAACAAUAAAAGGACAAAUGCUGAAAUCCUCACAGUAACCCCUGUUGCAAAAAAUGGUUCCCAUGGAUAUGUUCUUCCUGAAAGAAAAAAAAACUUUUAAAUGACAAUAUAUUGUAUUGAUAUAUUGUAAAUGUUAUGUUUUUCUGUAAUGUGUUUGGUCUAGUUAUUCAGUGAAGAACUGUUUGACCAGGUCUCAUCUCCUUGCUUCCCUCCCAAUGAAAUGAGACCUGACGUUAGUUUGUGUGCCUUUGUAUUUGUGUACUUGUGUUUAUAUAUAUAUAGAUGUUUCCUAUCUUCCAAUAGGAAAUAUGAGUAGAAAAGGUCUUUCUACUUAUAACUAUAAGAGAACAAUAAUCCUUUAAAGCUGUGUACAAUGCCUGUACGUGGGUUCUUUUUUCAUUUAUCAAUAGAGGUUGUUUAUUUGAUGCUUCACAUAUUAGAAUUUUCUACAUUGUAUCUUUACAAUUCCUUGUGAAAUCAUUCCAUUAAUGCAUAUGUUAGAAAUGGAUGACAAAAGAUAUAUGUAUAUAAAUGUGUGUAUGUGUGUAUUGAUCAUUUUAAUAAAGAUAAAAGUUAAUGUGGUUAAUUGUGUGUUUCAGUAUAAAAUGUGCUUUACAAAAUGCAGCAACUAAGUAUGUGUUAAAAGGGGCAGAUAUAUCACAUAUAAAUAAGAAAAUAAUUCAAGUUUUACACUUUUCAGUGUGUUUUCAUUUUCUCAGAUGAUCCCGUUUCAGAAUUUCAGAGGGGAGUAAUUUGAUGUGAAAUUCCACAGUGUUUGUAGAGACAAGUGACAGGAUUAAUGUUCAUCUCUUCACAUGUGAGGUGAAACAUGGCGAGAAUACAGUGAUCUUUGUGGGAUGUUCAGCAGUGCUUAAAAAGUGCUGAGGUGCGAGGAUUCCCCAUUCCGCUGCUGAGCAAUACUUUAAUCUGGGCCCAUCAACAGUUCUGUGUGUGUAAUCAGUUUAACGUGCCCAGGCUUGGCAGCGCUGCCCAAGGGUCGGGGCUAUUAAAGUGGCGUUCCCUCCUCGAAGCUCCCGAUGACAGGUGGCAGCGGCACUGGGACACCCAAGGAACAUGACCUCCAUUAAGAAGUCCUUGGAGGGGCUGAAAAGCACCACACAGGCUUCCAGCAAGGGCUUUGCAGACUCUGCUGGUAGGACAACCCUCUAGCUUCCCAUGUUUCCUUCACUUCACUACUUGGAAAUAUGCAUUCAUGCACAGCCUUUGGUGAAAUUCAUCAUUAGCAUAAAGGAAGUGGAACCACAGAGUCUUUACAGAACCUUUCUGUGGGACAUCUUCUGGCAAUACGUUCUCAAGAACGUCAUUCAUUCAAGAGCAACCAAAUAAAUUGUUGCUGUUUUAUUUCUUAAACUACAUACUUUCUGUGUGUAACAUGUUAAAUCUGCAUUCAGUAUAACUGGGUGUAUUUCAUUACAUCUAUAUCAUUGAGUGAAAAUAAAUAAUUCUGGAUGGUUAUUUUAGGUGGACCAAACAGACUUACCCAAAAGCAACAGCACCCCAUAUUACAGUGUAUAAAAUAGUGCUGUUUUAUGUUGCAUAGCAAAGACGAAGAACUAUUGAUCUUUGCCCCUAUGUCAACUUCAGGUUUACAAAGAUAUAGAGCACAAUUAGUACUACAUAAUUGUCUCCUAAGAAACAACCCCAUUUGUUUAUAACUAUGAAGUAUCUUGAUAACAAAAUGGAGAUCAUUGUUUAUAGGAACAGUGUAUAUUAAAAUGUCUGAGAUAAAUGAUUAUAUUAGCUAUACUGGAAAAAUUCAGACAGCCAAAUUAAAAAGAAAUUUGUGUGGAUUUUGCUCCUGAAAAUGGCACGUUAACAGCAAAACGAAGGUGCAAUUUCCAAUGUAUGCCCUUUUCUGCCACUCACACUGAAGAAGGCACAGAUAAAACAGCUUCCCUCUCAUUUCAGUCCAAGCAGCUCAGGAUGCUGUGCAGCAGGUGGCAGAGUCUGCCAAAGAAUCCACGAGUGCUGGUAGGCAUCACGCUGCACUCUGUCCACUCACAUGCUUGCUGGAAUAUUUCUAGUUUUUUGAACACUGCCAUACCUAAAUGACAAGACAGGUUAAGGUAGAUAAUGUAUAUGUAUUAUUAUAUAUCUAAUUAUGCAGCUACUCAUGUGAUGAACAU